CAUUCAAUAAAAACAAUAUGAAUGAAGAUAAUUCAAAUAUUAAGAACAAAGAAUCAUGCGUAGAAGUAAAAUAUAGAGGAGUAAGAAAGAGGCCAUGGGGAAAAUACGCGGCGGAGAUAAGAGAUACUAAUAAGAAUGGAGCGAGGGUAUGGCUAGGAACUUAUGUUACUGCGGAAGAAGCUGCUAGAGCUUAUGAUAAAGCUGCAUUUGAAAUGAGAGGUCGUUUUGCAGUACUUAAUUUUCCUCAUGAGUAUCCAUCUGAUCAUCAUUCUUCGUCUUCUUCAUCAUAUUCAAUGUCAUCUUCAUCAACGUCGUGUUCAUCAGUUCACAAUGGGAAUGAAGUGAUCAAAGAAGUUAUUGAACUUGAGUACUUGGAUGAUAAGUUAUUGGAGGAGCUUCUUGGCUUCGAAUCUGACAAAUCUCAUGAUCAGUAUAAUAAGUAG